CAGGUAACAUUAACCCCCCGCAGUAGGGAUGGGUCAUUCGCGAACGAGCUGGCUAAAGCCGCACGAGGUCGGUCAAAAUGUGUGGUGGCGUAUGUGUCGACACUGAGCAGAAAGAGGAACACGGCACGGCUGUGAGUACACGAACAGGAGGGGGCACGAUGAGAGGUAAUGAGAACGUUGCAACAUCGUUUGAGACUACACGCUGGAAAGACGAAGAUGAACGACUCUCUGCGAAGUAACUUGGAGGGCGCGCGAGUGAUUCUGCUGUGAUGGAGCAGAUCCUGUGACUCCCAUCACCGUCGAGGAAGGAAGACCCGCUCGGCUGCACCGAGGUGCCACAGCAACGCUCCAAACCUUCGCUCUUUCUCCGGCUGCUUCGCAACCCGCCAACAGGUUUCCAGUAUGUUUUGGAAAUUACGCCGGAUAUACCGGUGCCAGUGCGUUCGUCUGGUAAGCGCCUGCCUGGUGCUGUCGGUGGUCAUGGUUUGCUGGGAGAACAGCGCCGUGAACCACCUUAAGUCCUACUCGUUCCGCUUCCUGGCCGACCGCUUCAGCCACAUCAACAAGAGCCUCACCAUCACACGUGAGCAGGCCCAGAGCUUCAGCAACUUCCGCAACCUGCUGGACCACCCGGACAAAUGCGCCGGUGAGGACGUUCUCCUCCUGGUCUUUGUCAAAACAUCUCCUACGAACAUUGCCAGGCGUGAGGCCAUCAGAUCUACGUGGGGCAAUGAGACCUACAUCCAGCGCGUGCUGGGAGUGAGAGUGAAGGUGGUGUUCGCCUUAGGAGUACCUGCAAUGGACACGGACGCUGUUCAAGAGCGGCUCGCCCAAGAGGACCGUCGUCACGCCGAUUUGAUCCAGCAGGACUUCUUGGACUCCUUCUACAAUCUGACCCUGAAGCUGAUCAUGCAAUUCCACUGGAUGCACCGCCGCUGCGCUCACGCUCGCUUCCUCAUGACCACCGACGACGACGUCUUCAUCCACAUGCCCAACCUGGUGGAGUACCUGCAGGACAUGAGCCGCCAGGGCGUCACCGACUUUUGGGUGGGCCGGGUGUACUGGGGGUCCCCGCCCAACCGCAGUAAGGACAGUAAGUACUAUGUUCCUUUUGAGAUGUACCAGUGGUGGUCUUACCCUGACUACACAGCCGGGGGGGGCUAUGUGGUGUCCAGCGACGUGGCCAGCAAGAUCUACCAGGCCACGCUGACACUGAACGCCUCGCUUUACAUAGACGACGUGUUCAUGGGCAUCUGCGCCAAGGCUGUCGGCGUGUCACCACAAGACCACAUGUACUUCUCAGGGGAGGGCAAGGCACCCCAGCACAUGUGCAUCUACAACCGGAUGAUGACCUCCCACGGCCACGUGGAGGACCUCCACGACCUCUGGAAGGCAGCCACGCACCCUCAGGUGAAAGAGAGGAUGUCUGGAAUCCUAGGCAGGCUGUACUGCACGGCCAUCAAGAUCUUUCUGCUUUGUCAGCCCCACCAUCUUAACACCUACCCCUGCACGGCCGCGUUUUACUGACUUUACCUCCAACAUGACCAAAUUCUCGUGCCCGCGUGUUCCUCUUAAUGUGACCUCGUCAACACGGGACUGACGUGAGGCUUCUUGUUUUGAAGUCACGACAAAAUGCGUGAGAAAAUUAGGCAAUCGACCCCAUUCUUACGUCGUUUGACUUUGUUUGAGGGUUUUAAACUGAAGCUGUAACUCACAAGUACCUGGUUAAAUGCCAUUCUUGGAUGUGGACGCUGGUCAAAUCAAAUCAAAUGAUGUUCUGAGGGAACAAAGCAAAGCAGAAGUGACACGCUUUCUCUUCCUCUGACAGAGAUUGCCAAGGCCAACGAUCUUGAUGUGUAAAGUCCGAAAUGAACAAUGAACAAAACAGCUGUGGGAUCAACAUUGUUUUUUAAACGAUUCAGUUUCCUCCCCGCUUACAUCGCGUGUGUUCAUUAAACACAAUCUCAUGUGUGAACGGUGUUGUUCUGCAUCACCGCAAGCUUCAGCCACAGUAAUAAUGUCAAAUGCGCAACGGUUUCAUUCAAAAGGGCCGUCUCGUACAGGAAGUGUAUUUAUACUACUGAAAACCUGUACCGCGUUACUGAUGCAAGAGUCCAUUUCUGCCAAUAAAGUCCCCACAGG